UAGAAAAAGGCAGCUGUUAGUAACGUGACGUACUGAUUUGAGUUUUUUUUUUCUACCUUUUAACAAUCUGAAUCAACCAUAGGUGUCUGUUCGAAAGCAAGCUUAAGUCAACAACUGAUAGGGAAUGUCCAAUUUCAUUUAAUAGCACAUCGAUAAUCAGAGAAGUAGUUUAUUCUGUUUCAAUGAAUAAGGGGAAAAACGAAAAGCAGCAAAUGAUAUUCGUAAAGCAAUUAGGAAUGCAUGACGUAUAAUCUGUUUCUAGCCAAUAAAAUACACAUGUGUUUCGGAGAUUAAAUCAGAUAAUGAUCAAAAACUUGGCUUCCAAGCAUCCUAUGCAACAGCUCACUAAGAACUAUACUACUGAUCGCAAUAAUAAUCACCAACGCUUAUUUAUAGCUGAAAAUAUAUAUGAGCAGUUUUCAUUCCUUCUGAAUAUGCUUCCUCUAAGUCCUUCUGCUCCUUCAAAAUUGGCUCUCACUUGGUCUCAGCAAUUACCGAUUAUGUACUCAGUACUGCAUAAAUUAUAUCAGUUACAACAUGGCAGGACGAUCCCUAUCAAACAUCCUCAUGAUGAAAAGCUUCUUAUAUGGUUAAAUUAAUUCCAGUAACUUUUUCUUUGGUGAUUUACUCAUUCCUUACUUGGAUCAUUAAACUUCAGAGGCACAUCAAAAACAAAAUACUUGAAAUUUUUGAGCA